UUGUUUUAUAAAAUUACAGUGGCCGAAAAUGUGAAGCUGCAACCGCGACCGACCGUGUGUCCUGCGCGCCAUCCGCGCUCGGCCGGACGAAGACAAGCCCAGCCUGCGAACCAGUCAAGCCGAGUCGCUCUGUCUGCUCAGCCGCUUUGUGAACCCCGUGUGCCUUUUAGUUCACGCAAGCCUCAGUCAUGUUUGCCCUGGUGCGCUUCCGCGACGAUGACAUGAAGGUUGUGCUUCACAUCAACCAAAUUAAGAACUUUUCUACCAAAAAUGUCUUGGAUUUUGACUCUGCAAAAUGGCACCAAGUAUAUUGGCAAGACGAGCAGCAAGAAGGAUACUUCAAGGCCCAAGUGCUCCGAUUGUUUGAAACACGGGAGGAAGCUGAAAGACCGGGAAAACGUGUUCCUCGUCCUCCGCGUCCGGUGUCUGACAGCGAGGCCAGCGACGACUCGAUUUCAAGCACGGACUCUUUAGCCGAGGUAAUGAAAAAAGCUGCCAAGCGAUGCCAAACAAAGAAGAAACAAGCAGCAGCAGUUUUUCAAAAAGAACAGCUCGAUGCUCUGUUUCCCAGAAAUGACCCUAGGGACCCAGACUGGGAAGCCGAGGCCAAGCGGGUGGAGGAGGAAAACAACCUGCUGAAAGCUGCAAAUGAGCAGCUGAAAACUGAAAAUGUCAAACUCCACAAAAGGGUGGAAAUGCUCGAAAAAGCAUUGUGCAGCAGGAUUUUUAAGACAGGUUUGAAUUCUAUAGCAGUUUUUAUUUCAUUUGCGACAGUAAAUUUUUAUCUCUAAAUACUAAGGUGUACAUAUUUGGUUGUUUUGUCAUAUCUGUUUCACUUAUACUGAACACAUGUGGUAGGCGAAUGCCAAAGGUGUGAGCAAAAACAAUGAUUUUCCACUGAGUACCACCAUGUGUCUACUUCCGCAGAAAACCGCCUGCUGUCCCAGGAGCAUCAACGUGGCUGCUACACCAUGGCCGAGGGACACAUCCAACAGAAGAAACCUUCACCACAGGUGCAGGUUUCUUCUGUAGGGUGUGGAUCUCUUCCUCCACAAGUGGAGGUUUCUCCUAGGACAGCAGAGCGCGUGUCACCUGCUGCACCCACACCUGAGCCAUCAUCGCCCACCAGGCCACAGUCCGCUGCAGAGGCCGAACUUCACGUAAGCUUGGAGGAUUCCGACAAGAAUGAGAGGCUGGAAUCUUCAAAGAUAUUUUCAGUCGUUGGAAUUGAGGUGUUCCUGGGUAGUGGCGUGUGGCUGCAGAAAUCCGUGUACGAACAUUUGAUGCAGCGCCCGAAAGAUGGCAUUUUUGUUCGUGAGGCCAGCGUUCGAAUAUUUUCGACUGCAGGCCUCUUUAACAGAAGUGUCACGGGCGCUGCAUCAAAUAGAACUAAAGCGGAAGCCAAGCCACCCUUGGAUGCUACGAAAUAUGAAGUUCUAAAAGCAUUUUUCAGGCACUACCUGGAGAGCCGAUGCAGCAGCCCCGCAGAAAUUCCCACAAGGCAUAGUUGCCUUGGCAAAAUAGUAGCCUGCAAUAUAGCCGACAUCAUGAAGGGCCAGAGGAAGAAUAUGUAGUUUUGUUUUGAGAAUAUAUUUGUGUAC